AUGAAGUCGUCCAUGUUCCUUGUGGCCACCAGCGCCCUGCUGGCUUCGGCCAGUCCCAUCCGCGACGCCGAGAAGCGUGCCCCCGUCAAGACGGUCACCGAGUGGGUCUACGCCACUGAGAUCAGCACCGCCGUUGUCACCCUCGCCCCCGGCCAGGAGCCGCCCGCCGAAGACGCCAAGUUCAACGAGGUCAAGAAGCCUCUCCGGUUCAACGACGUCGAGGACUCGCCCGAGGCGGCCCCCACCAACAUCUUCGACCUGCCGCCCCCGGAUGUUGUUGUCGACCCUCCUCGUCAACCUCGUCCCGCCCAUGUCCCCUCCGAGUACGAGCCCAACAACAGGCCGAGGCCCACCGCGGCCCCGCGCCCUGCCCGUCCCGAUCGCAAGGAGCCUGAGCCCACGUACGCUCCCCGCAAGCCCAAGGAGUCUGAGCCCUCCGCCGGCGGCAACCUCGACGAAUACGCCAAGUCCAUGCUCGACAAGCACAACGAGGCCCGCCGUGAGCACAGAGUUCCCGCCUUCAAGUGGAACGACGAACUGGCCCAGGCGGCCAAGAGCUCGGCCGAGAACUGUAUCGACAACCAUGACAACCAUGGCAAGGGCUUUGGUCAGAACCUGGCCUGGCUGUGGACCUCUGAUCAGGGCGACAGCGCCACAAAGGUCGCUCUUGGCGGUGUCAAGAGCUGGUACGAUGAGAAGAAGAACUUUGGCAACCUCUACGGAGUGCCGGACCCCACCUCGGGCAACUUCAAUGCCAUCGGCCACUACACCCAGAUGGUCUGGAAGGCGACUGACGAGGUUGGCUGCGCGACUCACCGUUGCUCCAACUCCAAGGUCGACUGGGUCACUGUCUGCAACUACAAGAAGCCAGGCAACGUCCCGGGCCAGUUUGGCGAAAUGGUUCCUCAGCCCUCGUGA